CGCGUUGAAUUCUUGUAUGUGUGAAACACAACACAGAAGAGAGAGAGAGAGAGAGAGAGAGAGAGAGAGAGAGAGAGAGAGAGAGAGGGGUAGAUAUAGAUCCUAUAGGGAGACCAAGUAAAGCAAAGCAAAGCAAAGCUUAGCUUUUAGUGAUAGAUUAGAAUAAUAGCUUUGGACUUUCCUUUUUAUGGCUUGUAAACUGAAUUCUCUUCAGUUUUGAAUUUGUAACACCAUGUCAAAUUACAAACUCAUUCAUUUUCCAGGAAAAUACAGAUAUUCUCUCUCCACCCUCACUAUUUUCCUUUGAAUUCACGGAAUAAGAGCUGAGAAUUUCUCAAAUUGCCUGAAUUUGUUACUGCGUGUUUCUCUGAAAGUUGAAGAAUUAUUGGAUAUGAGAGCAGGAUUGGGUACGAUCCAGCAAACCCUGACGCCGGAGGCGGCGAGUGUAUUGAACCACUCGAUCGCCGAGGCGGGUCGUCGGAAUCACGGCCAGACGACGCCGCUUCAUGUAGCGGCGACCCUUUUGGCAUCUCCGACGGGGUUUCUACGGCAAGCAUGUAUUCGGUCACACCCCAACUCAUCACACCCUCUUCAGUGCCGAGCUCUUGAGCUCUGCUUUUCUGUAGCCCUUGAGCGUUUGCCAACGGCCCAAAAUAUCUCUCCGGCAAUGGAACCGCCGGUUUCUAACGCCUUAAUGGCGGCUCUAAAGCGUGCACAAGCUCAUCAACGGCGGGGGUGUCCUGAACAGCAGCAACAGCCUCUUUUAGCUGUGAAGGUGGAGCUUGAGCAGCUGAUUAUUUCAAUUCUCGAUGACCCGAGUGUGAGUAGAGUUAUGAGAGAAGCAAGCUUUUCGAGUCCAGCUGUGAAGGCUAUAAUUGAGCAAUCUUUGAAUUCAAGCCUUGGGAAUGUUAAUCAAGCAACAUUAGGAAUUGGGUUUAGGCCAAAUCCAACUCCAAUGCCUAUCCCCAAUCGGAAUUUGUACUUGAAUCCCCGGUUGCAACAGGCCAAUCCGGCGGGCCAACCAGGGAAUCAAAGGAAUGAGGAAGUGAAGAGGGUAAUUGAUAUUUUGUUGAGAACAAAGAAAAGGAAUCCAGUUUUGGUUGGGGAGGCUGAGCCAGAAGCUGUGGUAAAGGAAUUGUUGAGAAGGGUUGAGAAAGGGGAAUUGAAUGAAGGGCCACUUAAGAAUGCUCAGGUGAUAUCAAUUGAGAAAGAGCUUGUACUGGAUAAAACUCGAAUUCUCUCAAAAAUUAAGGAAUUGGAAGGGCUAAUUGAGACUAAAAUUGGGAAUUCUAACGGUGGUGGCAUUAUUAUUGAUUUGGGUGAUUUGAAAUGGCUUGUUGAGCAGCCUGUGACUUUUGGAGUUCCACCUUCUGGUGGGGUGCAGCAACAGGUGGUUUCUGAGGCAGGUCGGGUGGCUGUGGCAGAGAUGGGGAAGAUUUUGGGGAGGUUUGGAGAGGGGAGUAAUGAUCGGAUUUGGUUGAUUGGAACUGCUACUUGUGAGACUUUCUGGAGGUGCCAAGUUUAUCAUCAAACAAUAGAGAGUGAUUGGGAUCUGCAGGAAGUGCCAAUUCCUUCAAGAUCUCCUGUUCAAGGAAUGUUCCCAAGAUUGGGGACGAAUGGGACUAUGAGCCCUUCAGUUCAGUCUUUGCACCCAUUGAAGAGCUUCACAACUGCGACACCUGCUUUUCCACGGCGGGUUUCUGACAACGUGGAUCAUGUUCGCAGAGUGAACUGUUGCCUACAAUGUUCAGAGACUUAUGAACAAGAGCUAGCAGAACUUGUAGCCGAGUUUGAAAAGUCAUCCUCUGAAGUAAAAUCAGAAGCAGCUAAAAUACCCCUACCUCAGUGGUUGCAAAAUGCCAAACUCAAUAGUACUGCUGUUAAAACAUCAGAUCAGACGAAGUGCAAGGAGCAAGAAUUGCUUUUCAAACAGAAGUCUCAAGAUUUGCAGAAGAAAUGGAACGAAAAAUGCCCGACUCUACAUCCUAAUUUUCAUCAUAACCUCAGCUCUGAGAGAAUUUCUUCAAGAACUCUUUCAAUGCCAGGCUUGUAUAAUCCAAACCUGCUUAUGCAUCGAUCUCUCCAGCCCAAGUUACAACCACCCAGACACCUUGGUGAAACUCUACAAUUGAACUCGAGUCAAACGAGCAGUCAACCUUCUGAGCAUGUUGGUAGCCUUCCAGGAAGCCCUGUGAGGACAGACCUCGUUCUUGGACAAACAAAAGUUGCUGAAGCCAUCCCUGAAAAAACACCUAAAGAGCACGUUAAAGACUUUUUGGGCUGCAUGUCUUCUGAACCACAGACUAAAAGUCUAAUGGAGAGCCUCAAGUUUGCUAAGGCUUUAGAUGCCGACUCAUUUAAGAAGCUCCUCAAGGGUCUAAUGGAGAAAGCUUGGUGGCAAUCAGAAGCAGCUUCCAAUGUGGCGACAACCGUGACACAGUGCAAAUUGGGCAAUGGAAAACGGCGUACUACUGGAUCAAAAGGUGAUACUUGGCUAUUAUUUACGGGUCCUGACAGGAUGGGAAUGAAGAAGAUGGCAUCAGUCCUUUCAGAGCAUGUAUGUGGAGCCAGUCCAAUUAUCAUAUAUAUUGGCUCACGACGUGGUCAUGGUGAAUCAGAUGUUAGUAUCCGUGGUAAAACAGCCUUGGAUCGGAUUGUAGAGGCAAUCAGGAGAAACCCUUUUUCAGUAAUUAUGCUGGAGGACAUUGAUGAAGCGGAUAUGCUGGUUCGUGGGAGCAUAAAACGGGCAAUGGAGAGAGGCAGGAUUACUGAUUCUCAUGGCCGCGAGAUAAGUCUUGGUAACAUUAUAUUCAUACUUGCUGGAAAUUGGUCACCGGUGGAGUCCAAAAAUCUAGGGAAUCAGCAUUUUCUCAAUGAAAAGAAUCUUGCCACUUCAGCAAGUGGCAGUUGGCAGUUAAGGCUAACCAUGGGUAACAAAAGCACAAAACGCCGAGCCAAUUGGCUUCAUGAUGAAGAAGACAGAUCAACAAGGCCUAGGAGAGAAAUGGGUACUAGCCUGUCAUUUGAUCUUAACGAAGCAGCAGAUACCGAGGAUUAUAGAACAGAUGGAUCUCUCAAUUCAAGUGGACUCACCAUGGACCAUGAAGAUGAACUUGGCCUUGAAAAUAGUCGAUUUGCCAUAGCAUCAGUCCCUCGUGAGCUGGCCAAUUCUGUUGACGGAACUGUAGUGUUCAGUCCUGUUGAUUUUGGCUCUAUUAGCUGCGAGAUCAAAAAGACGAUCACAAAGAGUUUCUUGGCGGUUAUUAACGACAAGCUCUCGAUAGAAGUAGAAGAUAAUAGUGUUGAGAAGAUCCUUGGUGGAGUAUGGCAUGGCCAAACCAGUCUAACAAAGUGGGCAGAGAAAGUCUUAGUUCCAAGCUUCCAUCAACUAAAAGCACUCCUACCCGGCAGUGUUCUUGCUUCAUCCGAUGAAUCUAUGGUCAUUCGUCUCGAGGUCGAUGCCGACGCCGACACUGAUGCCGACUGGGACAGCCGGAGCAAUGGAGAUUGGUUACCAAGUAAAAUCAGAGUGGUGGUGGAUGGUGUAUAAGCGACGGGACACCAUUGGCAUUCCCUCAUUUGUCUUGGAUACAGGUGUAAAUAUUUACUACGGGAAUUACAUUAUACACGUUUAGGUAGGGUGGUAAAGAAAUAAAAGUAAUUAUUUGUUGACUUCGAAAAUUAUUUAUUAAGUUUUUUUUUUUUCGGUUUCUUAUAAUUACUUAUUUAAUUACAGGGACCAUGA